CAAUCCGUCACUAUAAAAGUAGCCUUUUCGCGCACCUUCCAAAACAUGGCAUGAGAAUACCUCUUUCUUCUUGAACAUGGAAGCCACACCCUUACCAUUCCUACAUGCGAUAGAGGCGUUAAAGCAUUUGCCACGAACAGGAUGGUUGAGAACAAUUCAGAACCCCGAGACUGUGGCUGCGCAUAGCUUUCGAGUAGCCAUCUUGGCCAUGCUCGCUCCGGAAAACUUGAGUCUAGAUAGGGGGAAAUGCAUCCAAAUGGCUUUAGUCCAUGAUUUAGCAGAGUCGGUCAUAGGGGAUAUUCCGACGUUCGCAGGGGUUGCAAAAGAACGGAAAUACGAUAUGGAACUCAAUGGGUUCCAAUACUUGGAAAACUUGCUCCAAAGUUAUAGUCCGAAAAAAGCAACAGAAAUCAGCAACCUAUGGCUAGAAUACGAACAAGGCGAAACACCGGAAGCAAAAUGGGUUAAAGAGAUGGACAAGUUCGAGUGCCUGGUCCAGGCACAUGAAUACGAACAGAAGACAUUUGGCAAAAAAGACCUCAACGAGUUUCAAGGACUUUUGGCGAAAAUUCAUUCUAAAGAAGCAACCCAGUGGGCGGAAUUCUUAUCCCAGGAAAGGAAAGAUCACCUCGCCAAACGAAAAACGCGGCUACCUGUCAUUUUCGUCGCCGGUGAUCCUAUGACCUGCGAAAAGGUCGCCAGCCACGUCUCAGGAGAACUUUCGCUUUACCAUGUCUCUGUGAACAAAACGCUUCGCGAAAGGGCACAAGAUCCCGAAUAUCGCCAUCAUGGAAUCAUUAAGAGUUGCCUGGACAAGGGAUUUGAAGUGCCGGCUAGUCUGAUUAUUGAAGUCCUCGAGAAUGAGAUCAAAGCCGGAGAUGGAUGGACAUGGACAAUUGUCUCCGGGUUUCCGAAUGACACAGAGCAGCUGGUAGAAUUUGAAAAAAAGGUUCAAAAUUGCAAUUCUGUCUUUUACGUGGAGUGUCCUCCACACACUAAUGAUCAAGAAAUGUUGGAGGAUGCCAAGAAUACCUGGGGGUCUUCACCUAUCCACUUCAAGGAUGUACUGAAGAGUUCAGCCGCGCAUUUUGAAGUGGUUGGUUCUAACAUCAACCAACAGUCAACGAUGUCCGAAAUGGACCUGUACGGCUUGGCAGUAAACUCAAUCAAGACUUUCCUCGCGGGUGGGAGUGCAGAAAAACAUGAAGAUAACGUCUCUAAAGUAGCUCAAGACUGA